AUGAGCUGUGAAGACCAACACCUCAACUCCCACCACCACGGCGACGACGAUGGCCACCAUGGCGAUCACGGCCAUGAUCACUCCCAUGUGGCUCCCGUACCCACCAAUGCCGCCCAGUCACUCCUCUCCAAAAUUGACACUCCUCAUGUCACCGCUCUCAACCUCGCAAACCCACCCGAAGACUUGCAAAAGCUCUUCAAGAAGCCACAAAACAAGUACGAGUUGAAGCCGGUGGUGGCUUCGGACUGCGACUCGCAAUUGAUCAUCAACAUCCCGUUUUUAAACGGAUCUGUCAAACUCUUUUCCCUUAUUAUUCGAACUAACGGCGACAAAUACUGCCCCAAGACCAUUAAAUUGUGGAAGAACGACAAGAACAUCGACUUUGACAACGCAUCCACCAAGAAACCAACGUUUCAGAUCGAGCAUCCGCACGUGGGAGUGAUGUAUAACGAGGAUGAUGGAACGAUGCCCGAAUCGCUCGACAGCGACAUCGAGUUUGUGGAGCACUUUCUUCCCCGGCACAUUUUCACGGGAGUCCAGCUGCUAACGGUAUUUGUGGAAGAUAUCCACAAUAAUGACGAUGAAGAUGAAACCCGCUUGCACUACGUUGAGCUCCGAGGAGAGUUUACCGAGCUCUCUAGAGACCCUGUGAUUACACUCUACGAACUGGCAGCCAACCCAGCCGACCACAAAAACCUUACUGUUUCUGGAUCCCAGGCCAAUAUUCUAUGA